UAGAGCUAUUUGUAACUUAUUUACAUAAUGCAUUUUUUUUUUCAGAAUGCCUAAAUCAAAGGAACUUGUUUCUUCAAGCUCAUCGGGAAGUGAUUCUGACAGUGAAGUUGAGAAAAAGUUAAAGAGGAAAAAGCAAGUUGCUCCAGAAAAACCUGUAAAGAAGCAAAAGACUGGUGAAACUUCGAGAGCUCUGUCAUCUUCCAAACAGAGCAGCAGCAGCAGAGAUGAUAAUAUGUUUCAGAUUGGAAAAAUGAGGUACGUCAGUGUUCGGGAUUUUAAAGGGAAAGUUCUAAUUGAUAUUAGAGAAUAUUGGAUGGAUCCAGAAGGUGAAAUGAAACCAGGAAGAAAAGGUAUUUCUUUAAAUCCUGAGCAAUGGAGCCAGCUGAAGGAACAGAUUUCUGACAUUGAUGAUGCAGUAAGAAAACUGUAAAAUCUGAGCCAUAUAAAUCCUGUACUGUUCUGGUUGUUUUAAUCUGUCUUUUUACAUUGGCUUUUGUUUUCUAAACGUUGUUUUCCAAGCUAUUGUAUAUUUGGAUUGCAGAACAAUUUGUAAGAUGAAUACUUUUUUUUAAUGUGCAUUAUUAAAAAUGUUCUGAGUGAGCUAAUUGUCAACUUUAUUAAGGAGGAUUGCUUUGUGCCCGCCACUUAGUGUAAAAUAAAAUCAAGUAAUUACAAUCUUAACUGUUGUGGCCUUUUUUGAUCAAAAGAUUAGAUAUUCUUUAAGGCCAAAAUUAACAGUUUUAUAGACCUAUUAGUUUUAACUCAGUUUUUACAUGAAAAAGAUUUGUAUUGCUUUGAGUUUUUUAACGUUAGAUUUGUGAAAUCCAUGAUCUCUUCAAGCCAAAUGUUAAAAUUUGUCCCAGUCACUUUCUUUUUUUAAAUUCAUUUUCACUUAAUAAUAAUCAUUUUUAUUUCACUCUUUUUUCGUUGAAUAUAUUAUGCUAAUUUGAAAAGUCAGUGAAACUGUCAAAAUGUUGAUUCAAUAAGUUACUUAAAAUAAGGGAACUACAGUCACUAAAUCUGUAGUAAUUAUUAGAGCAGAUACAGUUUGGUAAUGUGGCUUGUAUGAAAACUUUAAGCAGGUGUAUGUCAUUACCUCAUAGUGUUCUGUGUAGUUAUCUUACUGCUUAGUGUACAGAAAAUUAGAUGUCUGAUUAGCUUUCACUUAGUAAACAUGUUCACCAUGGGAUGAUGUCUGUAAAAUCAGAUAUUGUUAAACUAGACUAGGAUUUAAUAAAAACUGUGAAAGCUUACUGGCCUAACAUUUUAUUUUAUUAUAUUUGAGUAUGAAUUAUGUGUAGCCAGAGAGCUCACUAAGCUUUACCGGUGCAGUUAGAUAAUGUGGUCAGUUUUUAGGGGAAAGAUCACAUGUUUAGAAUUUUUGGCCUUUGGUUCAGUAGAGUUUGUUAUUUUGCAGUUAGUCUACUGGACAAUGACAUUCUAGACACAAUGUUACUAAUUUUAGUAAAAGCUUUUAAGUAGUUUUCAUUUUAACUGUAGUGAAGCAGAUAAUUAAGGCGCAUGUUUCAGGGGCUUUGCAGCAAUAAAUAGGGUAUGGUGUGCCUUAAUAAAAGAAUGUAAAGGAAACGUACUGAAAUUAAGGAAGGUGGCAUGUAAAGAGGAAAGAAUUUUCUUCAAACUAAAUGAUAUGAUAUUUUUGAGAUUUUAAUCAUAUUAAUAGGAGAACACAAUUCUAGGUAGAAUAGUAAAAAACAAAAGGCUUAGAGGUAAAAAUAACUUUCGACAAGUUGUUUAUGGUAGCAGAUCUCAAAUGGUUACUGCCAUUUAGGGCUACCAUAUCAAGAGAAUUGCACUAUUCUUUUAGCAAGUUUGAUUCUUAUGUUUUAAAACAUUUUGUAGUAUAAUUUCAGGGACUUAAUUUUAAAACCAUCUGCCAGGUCACAUAGUUAGUCUUUUUUUUUUUUUUUUUUUUUAGGUGCAAAUUGCUAAAAUAGAUCUUUUUUUUUCCUGAUAGUUUAGUCUAUCAAAUAAUAGGUACUCAUGUGUUCACAUACUGUAUGUAUUUAGACAAAUCAUUCUUGAUUGGUAUGCCCCCUUAUUUGGGAACAUGAAUGUUCUAUAUUGGAUACUUUUGAAAGUAUUAUUUUUGACGCAGAGAAAGAGUUGUUAAUUACACAGAACUUUGGUUUUGGUGUAGAUGAAGAAGGAAUCAUGGAUAAAUUUCCUAGAUUUACAUGAAUUCAGAGGGUACAAUCUACUUAUACUGAGAUGGCACAGUAGUCUAUCAUCUAGGCAUUUACUGGUUGUUUGGUAUAAAAUUAGUAAAAUCUUAUAAGGAGUGUUGGCAGUAUGGUAAGUUGACUGCUAAAUUCAUUUAUGUUACUGGAUGUGUAGUAUACUGAAAUUAUUAAUAUUUUUCUCUGUAGGUAAGGAUGAAAAUUGAGUUAAAAUAAAAACAGACUAACUUGUAUGUAAUGAAACGGAAGAAUAGAGUACAUUUAUUUUCUGUUUAAACUUUAUCUCCUCAGUAAGAUUUCUCCCAAGAAGAAAGCUCGGCAUUUUGAGGCAUAUUAUCUUACUUUGUAAUGCCAAAAAUGAAUUUAAUUAAUGUCAGUAUUCCGGUUUUGUCCUUUAAUAUACUCAGUAGCAGGGCCUUCUACAGUUUUUUCUCUUUUAAAUAUGAACAUUAGACCAAUUUCCAGUUCUUUUCGGAUUUUAAAGAACAACGACUGAAAAAGAAAAACCCUUUGCAUUUUGGUUAUUUUUUUUUUCUUUGCUUAAAAACUUCUCUUAAAGAAUAUUCCUACCUCAUUAAUUAGUUAAGAUGCUGUGAUGAUGAAUCUAUUCUACAUAAUGUAUUUAGAAACAAAGACUUCGUGGGAAAAAUGAAAGUACAUCUUGGCUUAGCUACUGAGGAGAAAAGAGAAAGAAUUGAAUAUUGAUUAUUUAAGUGUUCUAGACAGAUUAUGUUAGAAUAUUAUAAAAGUUUGAAAAUUAAAAAAUGGCUGACCAAUAUUUAGGUAUUCUCCUGAAAUUUUUUGUGGUUCACUUUUUAUGGAAAUUAAUAAUAGUGAAGCACUCAAGUUUUUUAAGAAAGUGUUUUUCCAGAUAUACUCUAGUAUAAACAUGCACAUAGUCACAAAUAUGUAAUUCUGUUAAUUGUGGAAUGCCUGUACACUUUGUUUGUACAUCUUCCAUGGAGAUAUCAGUGAAUAUGAUUCUCCACCUGUGAAUAUUUUAAAUGUUGAAAUAAAAGUAAGAAAUGUG